CGUCAGUUCACACCUGUCUUGAUCUGCGUUUAGCGGGGGCGGGGCUAUGCAAAUCACAACCUGUCUGAGCGGAAAAGUCCCCUCAAAACCAAGUCGCAUCACACCGUCAUUCACAAACCAUCAAAGUAACGAUAGAGGAGACAUUCCGGUCCAGGAUCAUACAGAAACCAAAACUGUUCUAGAGAAUCGCACAUCGAAAUAAGACUGAUCACUUCUGCACUGGGAAGUUACUAUUCUUCAAUUUGAGUUGUUGGACAUGCCACCUCAAAUGGAUUAUUAUUGUGAAGAAUCCCGCGUUCCCUCUUCAUGCGGACUGAUGAGCCAAGAGGCCGGGUUGGAGAGGGAGCCAGCGCCCGGGUUGGAGAGGGAGCCAGCGGCUAUCAGCUGUAUGCUGGUGGGGGACGGGGCUGUGGGCAAGACUAGCAUGAUAGUCAGUUACACCACAAAUGGAUACCCCACGGAAUACAAACAGACCGGCUUUGAUGUCUUUUCUGGUCAAGUCCAAGUUGAAGGAGCCCCAGUCAAAAUACAACUAUUGGACACAGCUGGACAGGAGGUGUUUGAUGAUUUCCGCUCCCUCUCCUACUCCCACACGGACGUCUUCCUGCUCUGCUUCAGUGUGGUCAACCCCACCUCCUUCCGCAAUGUCACCAACAAGUGGAUCCCCAAGAUCCGAGCCUGCAACCCCUCAGCUCCCAUCGUCCUCGUGGGCACCCAGUCCGACCUCCUGCUGGACGUCAACGUCCUGAUCAACCUGGACCACUGCGGGGUCAAACCGGUGCUGACCACUCGGGCACAGAGCAUGGCGGAUAAGAUCAGAGCGGUGGACUACGUCGAGUGUUCUUCGUUGACGCAGAAGAACUUAAAAGAGGCGUUCGACGCGGCCAUCUUUGCUGCCAUCAAACACAARGUCAGGAAGGAGAAGAAGAGGCGGCUGUCGGACAGACGCACCAAGGCCUUCUCUAAAUGCAGCUGGAAGAAGUUCUUCUGUUUUAUCUGAGAUACAGACCCCAUUGGUCAUGGACAGAAAGACUAUUAUUUAUUAACGUAUGAAGACUUUGUAAGAACGAUGUAACUUUAGAAUAAACCAGCGGUGGUGAAUGGACCUAUAGAAGUGGUUAGUUCUCUCCUGGUCUGGAGAUGGUGGUAUAGAUACUGAGGCUCACUGGGUGUCUGGGCUGCUCUGAGCAGGCUCUCUCUCUCUCCUUAUCUCUUUCUCUGUGGAUUGAGUUGCUUUGAUUAGUGAUUUACAUUGAUUACAACAAAACCAGGGCACAUUAGCAUGCCUGAUUGUUCAGGUUGACAGAUAGUCACUAUCCAAAAGUACAGUAUCUGUCAAGUAGGCCUACAUGGUUGAGGUAACCAAGUAAGAAGCGAAAGAAUAGAGAGAAUAUUAAAACCAUGUACAUCACAAGCAUCCUGUCAGUGGGACAAGGCCGUCAUGUAAAUGUUCUGAACUAAUUUGCAUGGUCUGGAUUGGUGCCCAUUCCAACCUGAGAUUUUACUGCGUCGACUCUGUGUGGUAGUACCGUGUAGCUCAGUUGGUAGAGCGUGGCGCUUGUACUGCCAGGGUUGUGGGUUCGAUUCCCACGGGGGACCAGUAUGGGGAGGGGGAUACUCUGGAUAAGAGUGUCUGCUAAACGACUAAAAUAGUCAGAACAUGAGUGGGUUGUGAGAGAGAGAAAAACAUGGUUGUUAGCCUUUUCUCCUUUGUGUUCUGUGCUGCCGAGCCACACAGACCUAUUCAUAUGCAACACUGUAUGUAGGCUGAAGUACGUGCUAAUGUCUUACCUGUGUGUGAACUGGGAAUGACUCACAGGCCUAUGUGUUGAUUAUAGUAUUAGGCUUUGAUGUAAUGAGCGGUCAGUAUCAACACUAGCCUGUGACAAGGUGUAGAGUAGUAAGGAGACUUACCCUGCCCCAGCCCCCAGCAGAAACCCAGCCCAGCCACCCCAGGGAUUGACACUCCUGUCUCUGGGACCUCAUUUGCUUCUUUAUUCGUUUGUUUACACUAGACACCCCAGCCAGUAAAACAAAAAAGCCCAGCCCAGCCCCCCUCCAGUGAAUGAAACACUCCUGUCUGUCUCUGAUUCUCUGUUAGUUGACGCUGACCACACUAUCGUGUCUAUCUUCAGACGAAUCAGCCUGCCCAAUCUACAGGAUACAAUGUGUACAUUAUAGGAGGCUAAGUAGCGCCUGCUUGAAUGUUAACGCUCACUUUAAAUAGCUUGCCCGUCUGGUUCUGUGUUGUUUUGUAAAGUGAUGUUAUUGCCAGACCGAUGGUUGGUGGCAGUCAGUCCUAGCUGGUUUAUAGAUAUGAGGGUUGGUACCCAGGCUAGAUGAGGGUUGGUACCCAGGCUAGAUGAGGGUUGGCACACAGGCUAGAUGAGGGUUGGUACCCAGGCUAUAUGCUUUUUAUACUUCUUGUGGAAGAGUGAAUGUAAAUUUGAAAUCUAUUUCUGUUUGUUUAAAACAGUUCAUUCAACUUUUUUUUUUGUCUGCAAUUUUACAGAUCUGUGAACAAGUUUUUUUUUUUUUGUGAAAUUGUAUAUUUUUUGUCUCUAAAAUCUCCAACCAAACCUUCUGUCACUAGCGUCUACGUUUUUUCAUGCUGUAUUUGAAUGAAGUGAUGGAAAUAAAUUCUGGAGAAGAAAAAAAUCAAUAUAAUGUUAUUUUGUCAAAAUGUAUUGCUGCUUCAUUUGAAUAAAAUAACACAUGUAUAUUGA